AAAAAAAAAAAAAAAAAAUAAAUAAAUAAAUAAAAGGAAUUCCAAAACGCACAGCCCAGAAGAUUAUCUCCAUGCUCUAGUGGAGCCACAAAAAGGCAGCCAGCCAGUCAGCCAUCAGGGCCAUUUAGCCGCAAUUAAUACCAAAUCAAAUUUACUGUGAAAACAUUCAGCUGUUGUUGCACAAUUUGAGUUUUUAAUUAAAACUCAUGUGGAUCACAAAGUUAAGCAAAUAUUUGUUUUGAAAUUUUGCAAAAGUCAAGACAGCCAGGCUAUAUUUACCCAACCAGCCAGCCAGCCAGGCUGACAAGAAGAGAGGCAGCCAUACGUUUUCCCGAAAGAAGCCAUAAAGAAACAUCCCAACACAGGGAAAUAUUUUUCGUUGGAGAGGAAUAAACAACCAUCCCUCAGAAAAGAGAGGGAGAGAAAGAGAGAGAGAGAGAGCAGGGGCAAAAACCAAUUCCAGCUGAAAUGUUCAAAAGCAAAUGAUUUGAAAAUAUUGCUACAUCUUUUCCGACCUGCCAGAACGAAUUUCGGAAAAACAAAAGUCCUUUGCAGAACACCCCAGACCAGAACGGCACUCUACAGAUCUUUCACAGCAUACAAACAAAGGGGAGUUCCUAGAACACCAUGGAAAAAUUAAAAACGCAUAAAUAUCAUCUACGGAGGGCCACAACUCGAGCAGCUCACACACAACGACGCCUCAUACGCCACAUUAACCUAAAGAAUUAUGCAGCGUUCAUAAUUGCAACGAUAUUUGUUGUCAUUACGGCCUGUGUGAAAAGUGCACACCUAAAUGUCAACACACUGUCGUUGCAGUCGGCAACGGGGGGAGUGGCGCCCAACCUGCCAACGUCAUCCAUAAGAGAUGGGGACGAUUCGGCCACAUACUCAAUGCCAACAUCAAUACCGCCACCACCACCUGCAGCAAAUUCCAGCUCGUCGUUGCCAUCAUCAUCAUCAUCCUCAUCGUCGUCCUCAUCAUCCUUGUCCUUGUCAGAAUUAGAGCAAAUACCAUUAACAAUCCUGGAAUUACAGGAAUCGCCUGGGCAACAGCAGCAGCCUGCUUACCAAAGUCAGCCACAGCAUUUGCCAUUGCUUGACACUGCAACAGCCACACGAAAUGCCUUAAAUACUGCCGCCAUAGAAGAUGAUGCCAACACAUUACGGCUCACACCUAAACAAGAUAAAACUCUCGACGAAGAGGAGGCCGAGGAGGAGCAGCAGCAGCGAAGGGAGGAAGAUGAGUACUUUUCAUUACAAAAUAUUCAAAGUUCCAUAAAGGAAGGCCAGCAACACCACCACCAAAGUCAUCCACAUUCCGGUCAUCAGUAUCGCCACCAACACCAUCAACAUCAACACCAGCAUCAACGUCGGCCACGUCCUCAACAUCACCAUGAAGAGCCGCCACAAGCUGAACAGCUGAAGUAUCAUAAUGAAAGCCCCGAACAUAAACAUAACCUACAUCAGCAGCAGCAGCAGCAGCAGCAGCCUCCUCAUCAUCAUCACCAGCACCACCACCAUUAUCAGUCUCAACAGGAAUUUGUAGAGCAACAACAACAACCGUCACUGCUCUCUGAGGAAGGUGUUGUUGACCAUAAUAAUCAGCCAUUGGCACAGGAUGAAAUUCCCAUCAUUACGGAACGCAACCACCACCCGCAUUACCCUCAUCAGGCCAAGGCCCAGAAUAUUGGUGGCAAUGACAGAAAUCCUAAUCAAACUCCAUGGAAUGGCCAUUCUUACCGCAGCCGCUUUUCCAUUGAGGAUUUGUUGCACACCAAAUUCGAGAAGAAGAUAUCGAAUGACAUCUACAUGGAUCCUUGCAAAGCGGGUGGCUUUAUGGGAGAUAUUGCCUUGCCCGACAUGGAGUAUGAUGAUGGAUAUCCUUUGGUGGCCUAUACCCAAAUGUGGGAGGAGCCCAUGCAAGCGGAUGCUCCGGUCAAUGAUGCACCCGGUAAAUACAACGAAACAUUCCAAAAGGAAAUGGAAAUACUGAAACAAGAAGUCUACAACGAGGGUUUGCAGGUGGAAGAGGAGGGUCUCACCGAUAUUAUACGGCGGAAAACCAAGUUGCCCAGUAAUAAACCGGAUUUGAAUAAUGAUAAUUCGGAGGACCAUGAACCCCGAAAAUAUUCCAUAAACAUACCAAGCAAAUUCAGUGCAGCGGGGAAAGAUGAUCUGCUGACAGAGAAACCAGAUAAAACCUUCAACACUUCCCUAGAGAAACUCGAAAAUAUUCUAACCAACGGCAAUGAGAAAUCCCAAAUCGAAGAGGAGAAAUACAACAAAUCAACGGUGGGUUUGGGCAACCGUAAUGUGGAUCAACGUAAAAUCCAAUCGAAUACCAAGGACAUCGAAUUGGAUACUGGCAAUAAUUUUGUAUCGGAACGUAAGGUUGUCAUUUUGCCAACGGCUGUGCCGGCCCAACGUUCUACGUUGCCCAAUGUAUAUAGCAAUGCUGGCGGCAAUGGCAUGAAAUUGGAUGAUAUACAAGAGUUGAAGGGCAGCAGUACCAUUAUUAAGCGGAGAAAUAGGAGGGGAAGGAAAAAUAGACGCAGCAAUCCCAAUAGCAGAUCCGACUACAACCUUCGCAUGCAACAGCUGAGAGAGGAACUAACUCGCCCGGUUGGCGAGGAGAAGAAACCCCAUCAUCGCCAACAUCACAACCAUCAACAUCAUCUGUCCACAAAAUCGGAACAGAAACAUCAUCGCCAAGAACAUGAUUCCAUUAAGAAAUACUCGGAGAAAAUAUCGAAUAAUUUCACCGACAAUGAAUCCCUUAACGAAGAAAUGAGAUAUUCGAAAUUGAGUGAUAUAUUCUUGGAUAUGGACACGGAACCGGAACGAAAACACAAGCCAAAUAUUGUACCCGCUUAUGAGGCUGAGGAAGAGGAUGAAUUCAGUUUUGUGCGUGAACAUCGUCGCCUGCCACGCGCCGUUACAGCCAAAAAGGAACGUGUCUGGGACUAUGGUGUGAUACCCUAUGAAAUCGAUGGCAACUUUAGUGGUCUGCACAAGGCUCUGUUCAAGCAGGCCAUGCGUCACUGGGAGAACUCGACAUGCAUUAAAUUUGUGGAACGGGAGCCGGAAUUGCAUCCAAACUACAUUGUUUUUACCAUACGAGGAUGUGGCUGCUGCUCCUUUGUUGGCAAACGUGGCAAUGGACCACAGGCCAUUUCCAUUGGCCGCAACUGUGAUAAAUUUGGCAUUGUUGUCCACGAACUCGGCCAUGUUGUGGGCUUUUGGCAUGAACACACCCGACCGGAUCGCGAGAAACAUGUUAUCAUCGAACACAACAACAUCAUGAAGGGUCAGGACUACAAUUUCAAUAAAUUAACACCGGACGAAGUGGACUCCUUGGGCAUGGCCUAUGACUACGACUCGAUUAUGCACUACGCCCGCAAUACCUUCUCCAAGGGGACGUAUCUGGACACCAUUCUGCCCAUCGAGGUGAAGGGACGCAAACGGCCGGAAAUUGGUCAGCGUUUGCGUCUGAGUGUGGGCGACAUUGCCCAGGCCAAUUUGCUGUAUAAAUGUCCGAAAUGCGGUCGGACAUUUCAAGAUAACACUGGCAUCUUUGCCAGUCCCUCGUAUCAUACGGCCGGGGCGCUGACCAACGAGACGGAACAUUGUGAGUGGCGCAUAACGGCCACACAUGGCGAGCGAGUGGUUUUGAAAUUGGAGAAUUUGAAUAUUUUCAAAUCGGAAAAUUGCCAAUCGGAUUAUUUGGAAAUUCGUGAUGGUUACUGGCAUCAAUCACCUUUAAUAGCUCGUUUUUGUGGCAAAGUCAGUAGUGAAAUAUUAAAAACGGUUUCCAGCCGCAUGUUGCUGACCUAUGUCAACACGCAUCGGGCCGAGGGCUAUCGUGGAUUUAAGGCCGAAUUUGAUGUCGUGUGUGGUGGUGAGCUCAACAUCGAUGACAAUGAAGGACGUUUGGAAUCGCCCAACUACCCCCUGGAAUAUUUACCCAACAAGGAGUGCAUUUGGAAAAUUACGGUACCCAAAGGUUAUCAAGUGGCGCUGAAAUUCCAAUCAUUCGAAGUGGAAAAUCAUGACAGCUGUGUCUAUGACUUCGUUGAAGUACGGGAUGGACCCACACAGGAAUCUCCCCUAAUUGGGGUAUUUUGUGGUUACAAACCACCACCAAAUAUGAAAUCCACCGGCGACACCAUGUUUGUGAAAUUCGUUUCCGACACCUCGGUCCAGAAGCCCGGUUUCUCGGCCACCUUCAUGAAGGAGGUGGACGAGUGUGAGACACAAAAUCAUGGCUGCGAGCAUGAAUGCAUUAACACGCUCGGUGGCUAUGAGUGUGCCUGUCACAUUGGCUAUGAGCUGCACAGCGACAAGAAGCAUUGCGAAGAUGCAUGUGGUGGUGUCAUUGAAUACCCGAACGGCACCAUUACCUCACCCUCAUUCCCCGACAAAUAUCCCUUCCUGAAGGACUGCAUCUGGGAGAUUAUCGCACCGCCCAAACAUAAAAUCUCUUUGAAUUUCACCCACUUCGAUUUGGAGGGAGCCACCCAUCAUCAGUCCGAGUGUGGCUAUGACAAGGUGACCAUUUAUUCUAAACUCAGUGAGAAUAAAUUGAAAAAGAUUGGCACCUAUUGUGGCAGCUCAAUACCGCCCACGGCCACCUCGGAGGGCAAUGCGUUGCGUGUCGAAUUCCAUUCGGACAAAUCAAUACAAAAGUCGGGAUUUGCAGCGGUCUUCUUCACCGACAUCGAUGAGUGUUCGAUUAACAAUGGCGGGUGUCAGCACGAGUGUCGCAACACCAUCGGUUCGUAUGUGUGUUCGUGUCACAAUGGCUAUUCGCUGCACGAGAAUGGUCAUGACUGCAAGGAGGGCGAAUGUAAACAUGAGAUUUCGGCACCAUUUGGCACAAUCUACAGUCCCAACUAUCCGGAUUUGUAUCCACCCAAUGCCGAUUGUGUGUGGCAUUUUUCGACAACGCCAGGGCAUCGCAUUAAAUUGAUAUUCAAUGAAUUCAAAGUGGAAUCGCAUCAGGAAUGUGCCUAUGACAAUGUGGCAAUUUAUGAUGGCGAUUCGGAGAGCAGUUCCCUGCUGGGUCGUUUCUGUGGCGAGAAAAUACCCUACCCCAUAUCCUCGUCCACAAAUCAGCUGUAUAUGGUACUUAAAACGGAUAAGAAUAAACAGCAUAGCGGUUUCACGGCGGUCCAUUCAACAUCUUGUGGCGGUUAUUUACGUGCCACAAAUCAAAUCCAACAAUUCUACUCCCAUUCGAGAUUUGGCAAUUUGAACUACGAGACCAACAUGGACUGCGAAUGGACAAUCCAGGCGCCGCCCAAUAGCUAUGUUAAUUUGAUAUUUUUGACAUUCGAUCUGGAGAGCAGCGAGAAUUGUACCUAUGACUAUGUCCAGGUGUUUUCGGGCAUGGAAGAUACCAGCGGACCAAUGUAUGGACAAUAUUGUGGCAAUACGAUACCUCAAGACAUUAUAUCGCUAACCGAUUCUCUGUUGGUACGUUUCAAGACCGACAGCAGUGUUGAUUACAAAGGUUUCUCUGCCUCGUAUGUGGCUGUAAAUCCCUUCGACAAUAGCGAAGAGGACGAGGAAGAAGGCAACUCAUAUAGUGCCGAAAUUGCCACCGCCUUUCCGGGUGCGCUGAGACCCAUCUACAAGGAGGACAUCAGCAAGGAGACAGACGACUACAAUGAAUUCAAUGAAAAUCAACUGCUCAUCAAUAAUCAAUACUACGGACGCAAUCGAUAUCAAAAUAGAUAUUAAAAAGAAAAAAAAAAAACAAAACAAAAUCCGUAUCCAAUGGAGGAUACAACCUUAGCCAUACAACUUCGUAAAUGUAAUUUUAAGUAAGAAAAAAAUAUUGCUCUGUUGCAGAAACUGUAAGAAUAUUGGAUACGAUUUUCGAUAUAAGAAAGGAACAAUUGGUUAUCGUAGGAAGAAAAUAUUACAUCCUUACAGUUCUGAAACAGAGCAUAUUUUUUAAAAAAAAUUAAAAAAAAAACAAAAACACACACUUUGACAAUAUAUAAAUGACUUUCAUUGAGAUUGUUUAUCAUGCAUUUUUUAACGAAUACCAAAAACUAAGUUAGAUCAUAAAUGAAAAAGAAAAAAAAAAACAACAACAAAACAAAAAAGAGACAAUUUAAACAUAUUCAUUUACAUACUCUUACAUAUAAAGUACAUACAUAUUUUAACAUUAAGCAUAUCAUCUCAGUAGAAGAGGAAACCCUGGACCGAUGACCACUACAGACCGACACAACUUUUCGACCUUAGAGUUCGUUUUUUGGGCUAAAUGUUAUUAGACAUUAAGAGAGAAUGGAAAACAAAAACUUUGAACUGAUAAACAAUAAAAGUUUAAAAGCGAUCUGUUUCUUAUACAUGUGUACGUACAUUUACAUAUACACUAAAUAAUACAUACAUAUACCCUGAAAGAGACAUUAUGAAUAAAAACAAACUAUACAAUAAGAUUUUUAAUAUUUUUUAGUUUACAAUUAUAAUACGAUUUACUUAAAACCAAAAAAUUAAUAAAUACAUUUCUUUAUUUACAAAA